AUGGCUUCGCCCACACGAAGCAAUGGGGUCGCACAGCGGUAUCUUGUGAACCUCAAUGAAGUUGGUGGCAACAGUAGUAGGAAGCAAAAUGCUUUACAACCAUCUUCCAAAUUGAAUGCUGGACAAUUCAAAAACGAUUUAGAUAAGUUGGCGGCUGAUAUGAACAUCACAACACCGUCAUCUAAAACCACUGCUUCUUCCACCACUACGCUUUUAAGAUCUAGGUUUGAGUCUCCUUCAGUAACUGUAUCUUCUUUCAAGUCAUCAUCCACCAAAAGUUCAACAUCUCCAUUCAGCAACAGUUCAAGUCCUACAAAAUACAAUAGCAGUAACAAUAAUAAGACCCCAACACCAAGACUGCCAAUUAAACUUGAUGAUUCUGACGAGAAACCCAGUUGGGCUACAGCAAACUACAAAGACGUUUUGUCACGGAAUAAAACUCCCAGACUUUCACCUUCUAAAAUCCCUUCCUUAGGGAACCCCCUAGAAUCAACACCAUCAUCAACUUCUCCAGCUCCAAGAAGGUCGCCUUACCUUACAUCUCCAAGCAACAGUACGUCGACCGAUCUGCCAGGAUACGAAUAUUUAUGUCGUAUUCAAGCCAUUAAGGAUUGGUUGGAGCUUGUACUCCAAGAACAAAUCGACUUGUCGCCUGUUGAAAUGAUUGCGUACAUUAAGAACGGUAUACAUUUGGCGAAAUUAUCUAAUGUUUUUUUACCACUGAAAAGAAGAGUGUUCCUUGUGGACGGAAAACUUCAAUUCAAACAUACAGAAAACAUAAAUAUAUUCUUCCAGUUAUUGGACUACUUAAACAUUCCUGAUCUUUUCCGGUUCGAAUUGACAGAUUUAUACGAUGCCAAAAACGUUCCUAAAGUUUGGUUUUGUCUUCAUGCCUUAAGUUUCAUCAUCAACAACAUGUUCCCGGAAUAUCCUCCGGUGGCUGUUCUUGUAGGGAAAUUACUGUUUCUGGAAGAAGAGAUUCGUCAGUCAAACCGAUCACUAGUUGGCGUUGGCUUACCUAACUUCACCAGUGCGGAUUCUGGAGCUGAUCCUUCCAUCCAACAAUAUAACUCGCAACUGAAAUUCAUUCCUAGACCGUUGAAACGACCAGAAUUGUCGCCUGAACCCAAACCCACGCUAUCGUUUGUUAAUGCGUCGCCUCAACUGAAAGCCAGAAUUUUGGUCGAACAGGCAAUGCAAACAGAAGAUAACCCCUUCUUGGAAACCACAAGCAUCUUAAGGGGAAAGACCCUUUUAGAACCUCCGCUGGGGUCUGAUUUCAUAAGAAGACCAAAGCAGCAAUCAAGUAUAGCAAUUGAUACCAGUGAUCUUGAACAGGAACAAGAGCAGGAACAGGAAAAUGUUAGUGCGAGCAUAAAGUCGAACGCUUCAGCAUUGGGCGAACUUCAGUCGCACGAAGCGAAAAUCAUUAAACUUCAAUCGCUCGCAAGAGGUGCAAACUUCAGAUAUAACAUGUUUGUUGAUCGUAUUCUUUUGAAAUCUUAUGGCGAAGAGUUCACUCAUUUCCAAUCGAUCAUCAGAGGGAAAUUUUCCAGAGAUAAGUCGGUCCAUAAGCACCGCGACCACUUGCUUCUUUAUAAAGACGAAAUCACAGAGUUGCAGUCGUUAAUCAGAGCAAAGUUGACCAUCAAAAGAAGAAAUACCAUUAUGAACAAAGCCGCUAUCCAUGACGACCUCCAAAGUAUAAUCCGUGGACACAUGGUCAGAAGAAAGUUGGCUUCAUUGAAAGAAAGUAUUAGGAAGCAACAACCUUCUAUCAUUGAAUUGCAAAACAAAAUACGUACCAAAACGGUAUCGUGUAAAGUGGUCCCUGUGUUGCACUCAAUGGACGAAAUCUUACCCUCUGUCAUCAGAUUGCAAUCCCACAGUCGUCUGCUUAUCUACAGACGGGGUGCAGCGCUGAAAAUAAGCGGGUUUGAAGCCAUUGAGUCCACCACCAAAUUGCAAUCUUAUAUCAGAGGUUUUAAAGUCAGAAUGAAUGUGAGAAAGAUGCGCACGGCUGUGGAAGGUGAAGUUAACACUAUAAAAGAACUUCAAAGUAUUGCCAAAGGUGCUAUUUCCAGAACAAGACUCUUUGAUAAUGUGUUGGUCUCGUUGCUCUAUGAAGAUUUCAUAAUGAAUGGGUUAUUCUCCAAAAUCAGAGGUAACAAAGUCAGGAAAGACAUUCAAAUCAAAAAAUUCCAAUUGGAACGUUGCAAAAAGGAAUCGAUCGUUCCCAUCCAAUCACUUUUCAGAGGUCUUUAUUGUCGAUUCCAAAGAGACAUUAUGUUGGAAGAUGUUUAUGAUGAAAUAGACUCUAUCAUUUCUCUUCAAGCACUUAUUAGAGCCAGACCAAUUAAAAAACUGAUGGAAGAUUUUAGACUUCACUACCAGAAAAAUUAUGAUAAGGUUGUCAAGGCUCAAGCUAUUAUCAAGGCUAAGAUCACCAGGGAUGCCUAUAAGACAUUAAUGACGAAAAAGAAUUGUCCAUUCCCAGUUAUCAAACGGUUUGCUCAUUUGCUCUCUACGAAUGAAGCAGAUUAUGUCGAAGAGAUGGCAUUGAACGAACAAAAAGAUAAAGUCAUUGAACUUUCCAAAAAGAAUGAUAACUUGGAAAUGAAUAUCGAAAACUUGGAUUUGAAAUUAUCACUUUUAGAUAAAAAUAAAAUCACCAUUGAACAAUUCAUUAAAGAAAGAAAUAAGUUUAAAAUGGUUCAACCCACUCAUUCCAAUUUGAAUCUUGAUAAUAUGGACAAAUCUUCCAGAGAAAGAAUCGAGUUAUAUCAAUCUCUUUUCUUUCUUCUUCAAACAAAACCAACAUAUUUGGCCAAUUUCUAUAGGAAUUUAUCCUUAGAGAGUCGGACCACGACCCUCGUGACAGAUUUAACCCAUUGUGUGAAUAUGAUUUUCCCCAUCACCAACAACAAUAUUAAUGCUCAAACCAGAGAGGAAUACUAUCUCAUGAAACUAAUGUUCUGUAUAAUCAGUGAUGACAUUGAGUUCAGAUGCAAGAACAUUGGAGACAUCACCAAGAUGCAAUCGUGUUAUUGGUUGGAUUUGUUCCUACUUUACAAUCGUCAUACCAGCCAAAGACACCAUUUGAAGAAAAUGAUUGGAAACUUUGUCCAGGGAAUUGUGGAAAGAAGUGAACUUGAUUAUGAAUCUGAUCCUUCCUUGAUAAACGACAAUAUUGUCGAUAGAGACUUGAGACUCUUGGGGUCCAGUACUCAUAAGAAGGGCAUUUCUCCUCAUAUGGCUAUUAAAGAUCCCGAAAUUUCUAACCAAUUUGUUGAAAACUUGCUAUCACUAAGAGAAGCUGCUUCCUUACUUACAAACAUUUUGGAGUCCUCUAUGUCGUCUGUUCCAAGACACGUAAAGCUUGUGGCUAAAAAGGCUUACAAGUUAUCUCAAUUGAAUUUCCCUGAAAAGUCAAACACUCAGCAUCUUGCAGUCGCUGGAGUUAUUUUCAUCAAGCACUAUGUCUCGCCAAUCUUGCAUUACCCAGAGAACUUUGGCAUCUUGGACUCCAGAAAUCCAGUGCACAACGAUACCAAUACCAGAGCAAACUUGAAGCAUUUGAGUCGGGUUAUGCUUCAGUUGUUUUCCAUGAAACAAUUCACUGAUAACUUCUUAAAGCCUUUGAAUGACUAUGUUGACUCGACCACUGAGUUAAUCAAAAGUAUCAUUGAGACCUUGAUCAGUGUUAAUGAUUUAGAUGAUGAAUACAACAUGAACGAUUAUGACGAUAUAGUUGUGCAUUCCAAGCCUGUUCUUAGUUUGAAGACCAGUGAUAUGUUCAAGUUGGAGAAGAUGAUCUUAGAGAAUGUGGACAUCGUUGUCCCCAGUGAAGACGAUCAAUUAUUGGGAGUAUUGAAGAAACUUCAAUCUCUAAGUUAUUCCAGUGACCAAUACAUUAGAUUUGCUGAGCUAGGAUUAGUGACGUUAAAUUUAAACCCAACAUCAAAGGAGGAAUCUCUUAUAGAUGCAAAAUCAAGAUCACUAUUCACCCAAGCAAAACGGUAUCUUUUGAAUAUCAUCAUGGUACAAGAUGAACCCACACUUUUGGAGACAUUGGUGGCUGGUAUAUCCAAGGAACACGAAUUUAAAUUCAAACAACUCAUUGAAGAACAAAAGCAAGAGAGUAAUAAUAAUAAUCGACUUCAUGCCACCUAUUUGAGUGAGUUGAAUUCCAUUUCGUUCCAUGAUUUGAAGAAAAAAUGUCUUGAGAUACUAUUGAAGUUGGAACAAAUGGGUCAACUAUCAAGAAGAAAUUCUUUCCAGGACUUGUUGAACCAAAUUGCAAUGGAUAUAAAGACAAAAGAUUCCCAAAGAAUUAACAGAAAGCAACAACUUACAACUGUUUCUCGAGCCAUCUUCAAAUUGAGUGAAAAGGAAAAGUACUUGACCAAACAAUUGGAAGACUAUAAUAACCAUAUUGAACAAUUGCUUGGUCAAUUACAAUCGAUUCCAAAGGAUAAAAAGAUAUUCAACAUUAUACCAGUUUUCAGUAAACAAUAUUUCUAUCAUCGAGAGUUAAGAAAGUCUAAUAGACUCCCAAAGUUUGGUUCAUAUAAAUAUUCUGCAAAGAAGUUACAAGAUCAACAUAUUCUUUUAGAUGUCAAGGGACUCUUAGGUAAAGCUAUGUGUUCUUCUUCAAAAUUGGACUUUAUGUUUAGUUGUCAUGAGGUUGGAAAGUUUACCAUUGAAGCUGCCAAUGGUUCAAUUAAUGUUCAAGGAGCUUGUGAAAGGAUAUCAUUGGAUGACUUCUUAAACAUGCAAUAUGAUCAGAAGGAAACUGUGACUAUAUUCUCAGGAAUGGCCCUCUUUAAUACGCAAAAUCUUUGCAAUUUUAUCUUCAGAAAGUUUUAUGAUAUAAAGGAAUAG